AGUUGACUAUUCUUACAAAUUCCGUCUCAUGGACCUUUUUAAUAUUUAACAUCACUCCUGCGCUGCUGAGAUGGCGGAAUCUGCGUCCUGCCCGCGGUUUCUGCUGGGAAAACCGCGUUUCGAGCAGAGCACAUUUCUCGGCAGGUUGAGACAUUUCAUUGACAUCAUCGACCCUUCCACUUUGUUUGUGACUGAGAGUCGUUUAAAAGAAUGUCUGAAACUCCUGGAUGAUUUUAAGAGAGGGAAUCUUCCCGCAGGAGUCACAGAUCAGCAGCUCUGGGACGCUCAGAAGGUCAAGCAGGCCAUCAUUCACCCUGACACCGGGGAAAAAAUAUUCAUGCCUUUUCGCAUGUCAGGCUAUGUGCCAUUCGGGACGCCAAUCGUUGUUGGUCUUCUCCUUCCUAACCAGACUUUGGCCUCCACUGUUUUCUGGCAGUGGCUGAACCAGAGUCACAAUGCGUGUGUGAACUACGCCAACCGCAACGCCACAAAGCCAACGCCAACCUCAAAGUUUAUUCAGGGAUACGUGGGAGCCGUGACCAGCGCUGUUUCUAUUGCCGUGGGUCUGAAUGUACUGAUCCAGAAAUCCAGCAAGUUUAACCCUGCCACCAGACUCUUCAUACAGAGGUUUAUCCCCUUCCCAGCUGUCGCCAGUGCAAACAUCUGCAAUGUGGCUCUAAUGAGACACAAUGAGCUGUCGGAGGGAAUCGACGUGUUGGACAGCAAUGGAAAUGUCGUGGGAUCCUCUCGGAUUGCUGCCAAACAUGCACUGAUAGAGACGGCACUGACACGAGUUGCUCUACCGCUGCCAAUCUUUGUGCUUCCACCAAUAAUAAUGGCCUUCUUGGAAAAGCUUCCUCUAAUGCAGGCUCGUCGCAGGCUGAUGCUGCCCGUGCACAGCCUGGUUUGUCUUCUGGUCUUUGGUUUGUCCUUGCCGCUGGCCAUCAGCCUCUUCCCUCAGAUGUCAGAGAUCGAGGCGUCUCACCUUGAGCCGGAAAUCGCCAUGGCAACAGAUUGCAAGGUUCUGACUUACAACAAGGGCCUGUGAUGAAGACGAGAGGAGUUUAAUCAGCUGCAGACGACGGUGCAAACAGUGGCUGUGUCUGAAAUCAACACCUAUACCCUUAAAUAGUGCACUGUUUGAGAGAGCAGCCAUUUGUAGUGGUGUUUGAAACCAUAGUGGGCGUUCAAUCAAUCCUACAAUGCACAGCAAUAUUAAGGGUACAACCGAUGUACAGUCAAUGAUAUGGAAGUGGACAGGUAAGAAAAAACAAUCUUGCCUUAAAUAGUCAAAAUUAUUAUUAGCAAGUUGGAUUUAUGAGAUAAAUGGUCCA